CUCUCUCUCUCUCUGGAGAGGUGUGGGUUAGAUGGAGAGAGAUGGAGAGCGCACAGACGGGUGGUGUCUGUGGGCUAGGUGGUGGUGCCAACCAGCAGGUGAUAAAUCACGCACCAUUCAUAUCACGUAACAGAGAGGGAGACAAUGUGUUCCUCGUGGGACGAUCCCCUGCUCUCUAGCACAAUGAGGAGAUCUCAGGAAUCAGCCCAUGGAUGAGGGGAGGUGGUUAGAUUGAAUGUUCUGGGAACUGUCCAGGGAGUCUCCAUAGGGGGCAUCAUUAAGAGAAAGAAAACUCCACUUGAAUAGAGUAUUUUCCACAUAUUUCUAUCUAGGAAUCUCAGAGAGCAACCGAAUGCCGAGGAAAUGUAUAUUCAGGGGAUAAGAAAACAGGUGUUUUUCGAUGAAUAACCCUUUUUCUGCAUCAUUAUAACUUACCAUUAUUUUUUGGAUAUACCAAUAGAAAAUGAAAAAUAUGUUUGACCUCUCUCAACCCUUGUUCUGGAAAUACAGCAGAGCCAAUAAAAUGCUUGACCGCUGACAGGACCUCAAAUCAGGCCAUGUUAUUUCUGGAGCAGGUAGACAAGUGCAGGCAGGGUUCCCAGCUUCCCACAGACAGUCCUCCAUGCAGCACUGAGCAGCAAAGCCAGACAUGUCAGUGUCAGUCAGAAUAGACACAGCACUGCUGGGACACUGAUGCUCCAACAUCCAGCACCUGCGUGUCUGCCAACCCACUUCCUCGUCCCUCACUUCUGGGGAUCGUACCACUGACGUCACACUGACUGGAACAAAGACUAUAAUGGCUCCCUGCUUCCUUCUACACCAGCCAGCGGUUCAUAUAUAGAGACCAUUCGUUUUCAUGGGGAAUGCAACUGUCAAAAAGCUCCAGGGAAUCCUAAUUUGUGUUUUGAGAGUGACAUGGUAACCAUGGUGCUGUCCAUCGGACACAGGCACUCCAUCCGCGAUCCGGCUUUGGGACUCAACUUUGCCAUGAAGUCCAGAGCUCUAAUAACAAACGUCCUACAGCGUAUCGUCCAACUCAUGCAGGAGGAGGAGUGUAAGCUGGCUCAGGCCUUGCUACAGGCAGCCCAGACUCUCUGUCCCAGGAUCACACACAGGUCAAGCUGGCUGACUAUGUGGCUAAGAUGUCCAGACAGACAGACCUCUUCAUCCGGGACACCCUCAGACAGCACACAGGAGAGCUCAGUGAACUCAAACUGUCAUUUAGUGUCUCCUUGGUGGAAAGUAUCAUUGAUGAGGUUCUGCAGGACUUGUUUGUGGCUCAGCGGCAAUUGUAUGCUCAUGUCAUUUGGAGGAACAGCUAUCCGUCAAGCAACCUCAGUGAAAAGUCUCCUGGAUGUAGACACGGAGCAGCAGGCGAGAGAGAGCAUUUAUUAUCAGCAGGAAGUAGGAGGGGAGGUCUCAGGGGGAGGGAGGCGGAUGCUGCCGCUGCUCUUGCUGCUGCCGCGGCUCUUAGCGACAGUGAUCCCCGGCGCCCUGAGCCUGCACCUCCUCAGCCCCCUAUGGACCUGCCCAUCGAAGGCCACACACUGAGGCACUACACCCGCUCCAGGCCCAGACCCAACCGCCGGAACAGCAAGCCGCCCAGCAAGCCCCAGGAGCAAGCAGCUGAGCGUGAAGAGAAUGAAGCCAAUGAGACCAUGGGCAGGGUGGAUGAGGGAGUAGAGGAGUUCUUCACUAAGAAGAUCAUCCCUGAUGACCCACUAAAAGCGCAGAGGGAGGAGGUCCCUUACAAAGCACAACCCACAGCGUCGACCUCCACCACCCCUGCCCCUCCCAGCACGUCUGCCCUGGCCCCACCCUCUACCACCUCUAUCACCUCCUCUUCCUCCUCCUCCAUCAUAACAACCUCCAACACUACUACCACAACCACCACCCCUUCCACUGCCCCCUCCAAAAACAUCAAGAAGAAGUUUGGGGACUUCUUCGCCUUCAAGAAAGUCCGUGCUGGCCGGGGGGCAAAGGGUGAGGGUGGGCCGGAGGGCAAGGUCAAAAAGACCUCCAUCGCAGAUCUAAUCAGGCCUCUCAGGGAGGCAAAAGAGAGGGAGAGAGAGAAAGAGCGGGAGAGAGAGAAAGAGCGGGAGAGAGAGAAGGGGAAGUUAGAAGAAGAGAGUGGUGCUAAGGCGACCGGUGUUAAUGAUUCUGAUGCCACCAAAACAGUAAGAGCAGCAGAGGACAACACCAUGGCCCCCACCGCACCCUCUGAUGUCCCCAGCAUCCCCACAACCCUGCCCACCAGUGCCCCCGUCCAGGAGGAGGUGUCAUCUGUGUCCCCCAGCGCUCUGACCCCAAGCCCCAUCAUCAGCCCUGUCGGCGGGUUCCUGGCGGAGAGGGAGAAGAGCCGGACCCUGGAAAAGAGCAAGACCCCAGAUGGAGAGAGGAGGCUGAAGGCCACACGGCGCUCGCUCAGGGAGGGCAAGUCCCAGUCCCUCAUCCUGCUGACAGGUCUGGAGGAUGGCGCUGCAGCACACGGAAAGAAACACGCAUCUGAAUGCACAUCCAGCUUUGAACAGCGCCUCCACGUCAUGCUCCACCGCAUGGGGGUGGCCAAGACACCCCCUGCAGACACAAAAAACAGCCAGAACAAAGAAGAUGAGCUGAGGAAAACCAACUCCGAAGGUGCAAUUCUUGACAAAAAACCUGAACCACCACCCACGUCCAUGAAGCCUCGCACUAUGUCCACAUCAGCGUCAGACACCAGGCGGCCAAUCAGAGCAGGCGUGGAGGCUCUCAGAACAGACAAGCCCCUCCUCCCAGAACGUCCCAUCGGCCCCCUCCCUCCUAAACCCACAGUGGCAGCCAAACCCCCUCUCCCAGCCCCCCAGCAGCACCCUGCUGCCGCUAGGACAUCCCCAGGGGUCCCCUGGAAGCCCAACACAGCCACGGAGACCCAGACCCAGCCAGCAGAACCAGAGCCCUCCCAGAGCCAGACCCAGCCCCAGCAGAGUGAGCCGCCCAGUCCUUCCUCCCGCAAGGAGACUCCCCCUGCCCCAUCGCCACACAGGGGCCCCAGCUCUCUGGAGAGCAGGGAGCGCACUGAGAGAGCACAAUCAGUCACAGAAGAGAGCCUUCCUAAACCCCAGUCCCACAUGAAGCUCUCUCCCCAGCGGAGAGCUGUGUCCGUCUACGAGGACUCGCUCCUCCAGGAACAUGCCGCUCAGCUGGACCCCGAAGAGCUGAAGGCAGCGUUGCCAUGGUUGCAGAGGUCACCAGUCCAGAAACGUACCAACCUGGGGGAGCUCCCUACCUGUAGUGAGAUCCAGCUAGAGAGAGAGGAGGCAGGUGAAGCAGGGAAAAAGAGGACUGGAGAGGGUGAUGGGGCGGGCAGCCGGCCGGUAACAGAGGACAAGCCAGGGCCAAGCCCAGUGGGGGCCAGUCAGGUAGAGGGAAAGAGCACAGCAGAGAAGAGGGGUGAGACGGUCUCACAGCAGCACACAGCGCAGGCAGAAACAUCAGACCAAAGAACUGAACCCCCUUUAAUGGUGAAACACAUGGACUGACCUGGCAAGAGUCUAUUUUCUAUCAUGUCUACCUUCGCCUUGCACGCAAGAUUAUGUAAAAAAUAAACAAAUUAUGAACAAAUGUUUUAAAGAGCGUAAAUCCAUACCUAUACUUGUUAAUAAUUAUUAAAAAGUUGAUUCUGAAGUGUCA